UCUAAUAGUACGGCUUCCAAACUCCAAAGCCGCGUCUCCUUCCUCACCACCCCCCACUUCAGACAUACUUCAGAUCUCACUCUCUCUCCUCGUUUUCUCUCUUCUGCAAAUCGAUCUUCGGAUCCAAUCCAAUCUCUGGAUCCAUUUCCAUGGCGUCGCCGAGCAAUCCCAAUCCAAAUCUAAAUCCAAAUCUAAAUCCGAAUCAGCAGCCCUCCUUCGACGUCCAGAAAUUCUUCACCGCUCCUCCUCCGCCAUCUCCGACGAUCUCCCACCUCCAAAACCCUAACAAUCCACCGCCGUCGUUUCCGAUUCCUCCGUCGUCGUAUCCGCCUCCCUCCUCCGCCUUCUCCUACCCUCCCCAAACGUCGCCGUUUCACCACCAACAGUUCCACCACCACCAGUUUCCCCAAACGCCGCCGUUUCACCCCCAUCAUCUCCCCCAAACGCCGCCGUUUCAUCACCCUCACCAGCUCCCUUCCAACCUGCACCAGCAGCAGCGUUCCCUUUCUUAUCCUACGCCCCCUCUCAACCCUAACCCUCCUCCCCCUACCUCCUCCUCCUCCGGUGGGGCCCGAAUCAUGGCCCUUCUCGGCGCCCAGACACCAGUCGAAUUGCCUUCUCCACCGCCUCCUGCGCAGCCCUCGCCGUCCUCCUCCGCCAAUUCCAAUCCCGAAUUCUCGGCCGCGGCGGUGGUGCCCUCGGGGGUUCCGAGUCGGAUGCCGAGCGGUAAGCUGCCGAAGGGGCGGCAUUUGGGGGGCGAUCACGUCGUCUACGACGUCGACGUGAGGCUGCAAGGGGAGGUUCAGCCUCAGCUUGAAGUUACUCCCAUCACCAAGUAUGGCUCCGAUCCUCAAUUGGUGUUGGGCCGCCAAAUUGCGGUCAACCGGUCCUACAUUUGCUAUGGCUUGAAGCAGGGCAACAUUCGGGUUCUUAAUAUCCACACCGCCUUGAGAUCUUUGUUCAGAGCCCACACUCAGAGGGUCACAGACAUGGCUUUUUUUGCUGAGGAUGUUCACCUUUUGGCUAGUGUGAGCGUAGAAGGACGGCUUUAUGUUUGGAAAAUUUCUGAGGGUCCUGAUGAAGAAGGUACACCACAGAUCACAGGGAAGAUUGUGAUUGCCAUUCAAAUUGUAGGAGAGGGGGAAGCUUCUCAUCCAAGAAUUUGUUGGCACUGCCACAAACAAGAAGUGCUGGUAGUUGGAUUUGGAAAACGUGUUCAAAGAUUUGAUACUACAAAAGUUGGAAAGGGGGAAGUAUUUUCAGCUGAAGAACCUCUUAAAUGUCCUGUUGAUAAGCUGAUUGAUGGUGUCCAAUUUAUUGGUAAACAUGAUGGCGAAGUAACUGAUUUAUCAAUGUGCCAAUGGAUGGCCACAAGAUUGGUUUCUGCUUCAAUAGACGGCACGAUAAAAAUCUGGGAAGAUAGGAAGGCCCAACCACUUGCAGUCUUGAGACCCCAUGAUGGCCAGCCUGUUAAUGCAGCUACAUUCUUAACUGCUCCCCACAGGCCAGAUCACAUCAUACUCAUCACAGCUGGGCCAUUGAACCGAGAAGUGAAGAUUUGGGCCUCAGCCAGUGAAGAAGGCUGGUUGCUGCCUAGUGAUGCUGAAUCAUGGAAAUGUACCCAGACAUUAGAAUUGAAGAGUUCGGCCAAACCUCGAGUUGAGGAGGCAUUCUUUAAUCAAGUUGUAGCGUUGCCACAAGCAGGCCUGCUCUUACUUGCAAAUGCUAAGAAGAAUGCUAUAUAUGCUGUUCAUCUAGAAUAUGGUCCUAAUCCAGUGUCCACACGCAUGGAUUACAUAGCAGAAUUUACUGUGACUAUGCCUAUUUUGAGUUUUACUGGGACAAGUAUAUCACCUCACGGUGAACAUAUUCUUCAGGUUUAUUGUGUUCAGACACAGGCUAUUCAACAGUAUGCUUUGGAUUUAUCUCAGUGCUUGCCUCCACCAUUAGAGAACUCGGGAUUAGAUAGGUCUGAGUCCAAUCUUUCACAUGACGGAAUCGCUAUUGAAGGAUUUUCUGCUUUGGAUACAGCUGGAAGUAAACCUCCUGAUAUCUCAACAGUUGCGUCUGCACUGAAACCAACUGUACAAGUAGGUAGUACAGAAGCUGUCACGAGGUAUCCUGUUAGCUCGAACCCUAUUGAGGUGACUACUUCAAAAGAUGUUACCACUCAGAGUAUAGAGUCCAAAGCUGCUGCUUUGACACCAAUGGCUAGUUAUGCUGACAUUGUUCGUGUUCCAUCGACACCGCCUCUUCCUUUGAGCCCCAAGUUGUCUGGGAAACCUUCUGGUUUAAGAACACCCACAGAUAACUUUGAAUUGGGAUCCACGUUCAAUGAUCACACUGGAGAACAGGCAGUUAAUGAUUAUUCAGUUGACCGGCAAAUGGAUGCUGCUCAUGUGAACUUGCCUGAUGUGCUCUCGGUGGAUGAGGAUUUGAGGAAUGAUGAGAAGAAAGUUGCACAAGAUGAUUACUCUAGUGUGAUUAGUCCCCCCGUCAUGUUCAAACACCCAACUCAUCUGAUAACCCCCUCUGAGAUCUUAAUGGCUGCUUCAUCCUCGGAAAGCACUAAAUCUGUUGAGGGUAAGGGUGGAAGUGAGGCAAGCAUCCAGGAUGUGCUUGCGAAUGGCGAUGCGGAGAAUGCUGAGUUGGAAGUUAAAGUUGUGGGUGAAACAAGAUCUCCAAAUGAUGAUUUUGGAGCUCAGGAAGAGUCUCAAACUAUUGUUUCAGAGAACAGAGAAAAAUAUUUUUACUCCCAGGCGUCAGAUCUUGGUACUGAGAUGGCCCAAGAAUGCUGUGCAAUAUCUGCUGAUACUUACAUUACGGAUGAAGCUCGGCAAGUUGAUGGUGCCAGCAGUAAGCAACACGCCCAACCUUCUCCUGCCGGUGAGGAAGACCAAGAUUCUACAAAAGAUGUAUCUGCAAGGAUAUCAGAAUCGUCUACACCCACAGCAGUUACAACCGUACAGACUCCAAAUACUAAAGCGAAAAAGAAGGGAAAAAGCUCUCAAGCAUCUGGUGCAUCUUCCCUAUCAUUUAGUGUUCUCAAUUCCAUAGAUACCAACCAUGAGCCAGCUGGGAGCUCAAGUCUGGAAGCUGCGUUUCCUCAAAUUGUGGCUAUGCAGGAAGCCCUUAGUCAGCUAAUGUCCAUGCAAAAAGAAAUGCAGAAGCAGAUGUCGAUGGUGGUUGCUGUCCCACUCACAAAGGAAGGAAAAAGACUGGAGGCGGCUCUUGGGCGAAGCAUGGAGAAGGCUGUUAAGGCCAACAAUGAUGCUUUAUGGGCUCGUUUUCAAGAAGAGAAUGCGAAAAAUGAGAAGCAAUUUCGAGACCGUACACAGCAAAUUACUACUUUGAUUAAUAACGUUAUGACCAAGGACUUGCCAACCAUCCUAGAGAAGACACUGAAGAAGGAAUUGGCAGCAGUUGGACCAGCCGUAGUUCGUACAAUUACUCCAGUUAUUGAGAAAACAAUAUCUUCGGUCAUUGCAGAUUCCUUCCAGAGAGGGGUGGGUGACAAGGCUGUGAAUCAAUUAGAGAAAUCAGUAAAUUCAAGACUUGAAGCUACAGUUGCCAGACAGAUCCAAGCACAGUUUCAAACUACUGGUAAACAAGCUCUUCAGGAUGCUCUAAAGUCUAGUUUUGAAGCCUACGCGAUGCCCGCCUUGGAGAUGUCAUGCAAAGCCAUGUUUGAACAAGUAGAUGCGGCGUUCCAAAAGGGAAUUGCUGAACAUACUAAUGCAACUCAGCAGCACUUUGAGACCGCAAAUUCUCCAUUGGCACUGACAUUAAGGGAAGCUAUUAAUGCGGCAUCAUCUGUCACUCAAACACUAAGUGGAGAGCUGGCCGAUGGUCAACGGAAGCUGAUAGCUUUUGCAGCUGCGGGAGCAAACACAGGGGGAGUUAAUCCCCUGGUUACCCAGCUAAGCAAUGGUCCUUUAGGUGGUCUCCAUGAGAAGGUUGAGGCACCUUUGGAUCCAACGAAGGAGUUGUCACGGUUAAUAUCGGAGCGCAAGUACGAGGAGGCCUUUACUGGAGCUCUUCAAAGAAGUGACGUGAACAUAGUAUCGUGGUUGUGUUCUCAGGUUGAUUUGCGGGGAAUCUUGUCGAUGGUUCCUCUGCCCUUGAGCCAAGGCGUGCUGCUUUCCCUGUUGCAACAGUUGGCCUGUGAUAUCAACAAGGAAGCAUCCCGAAAGCUGGGGUGGAUGACAGAUGUUGCAGCCGCCAUAAACCCGGCUGAUCCCAUGAUCUCCUUGCAUGUCAGGCCAAUCUUCGAGCAAGUCUACCAAAUAUUGCACCAUCAACGCAGCUUGCCAACGAUGACGGGUCCUGAACUCACCAGUAUCAGACUCCUCAUGCUUGUCAUCAACUCCAUGCUAAUGGCCUGUAAAUGAGAAGUGCUUUUUUUGUUUUGUUUUUUUUUUUUGUUUUUGUGUGUUUUAGAAGUGAAGUACCACAUAUUUUCCUCUUAGCCUGUUCUGUACAAAAUUGUACAAGUCAUCCCCAAGUCAAAGAAGAGUCUCAAAGUGUAGAGUCAGACGAUCUGUUGAUUAUCUUUUGUAUCUGUUAAAAUAGGCCAUUAGGCAUUUUUGGUUUUUUUUUUUUCGCCCUUAAUUGAUUGUUAUUAGUUUUUGUUGCCAAGAUUGUGAACCCUCUUGCAAUUCUCUGUUUCUGCUCCUGAUUUUGGGCUUCUUUUCUUCCUUUUUUUUUUCCCCCCUGACCUUCCAAUUGGACGGAUUGAUGUCGGAUCAAAGUUUUGUUAUCCCUCACAAGAAAAUAUUGGCCUUAUUCCCUUUUCUAUUCUCUCUUCUAAAGUGCAAUCGUUGUUCAUUUGUUUACGGGAAUUUUUGUUCUUUUUUUUUUGGUUUAGAAUUAGUAAGUUUAUGUUAAAUUGUUAUGAGAAUUUCAUAGUAAGAAAAAAUACUCUACGGUAGUGCGUAUUUUGUUUCGAAUGUUGGAUCGAUAGUGUACUCAAUCCAUAUCAUAUUUUGUUAGUUUUGUAUAUCUUUCAUUUUUUUUUUAUUUGAUGUGAUUUUGAAUAGAUUUGUUACUUUGUAUCAACGUUGUUUGAGAAAAGCUAAUUGGGUUUUGUUUAAGUGAACAUUGCAAUUUUGAAUUUGGUUGGUUGGGAAUCUUGGGAUAUAAAAAAUAAGGAGGAACAAAGAGGAUUGAGAACCAACAUGCCACCAACAAUAUGAGUCACCCACCAAUCUUUCACAAAAAGAAAAAGAAACCCAAAACAAACUAAAUUUAAAUAAUUAAAAAAAAACCCCUCUUAAACUUUGGCCACUGAUAAAAAGAUUAGUCAUUUUAAUUAGAGCAAUUAGGCAACAGUUUACUCUUGUACUACUCUUAGGCUCAGAGGAAAAAACAAAAAACAAAAAAAAAAAACAGUAGAAAAAAAAAAAAAA